AAUCCUCCGUGUCUUCUUUCCCUGCCCUCUGGACCUCAACGGACAGAACUGGCACGCCGGUCCAAGUGGCUCUAGCGAAAGCGGGGACCUGCGAACCAAACCGAUAAAACCCGUUUGUUCCGUGGCCAUCUCCGCCACAAGAAUAACAUGAGCCCUUCACCUCUCAUUCCCCCUCCCACCAGUACCGUCCCUCUUCUCCUUCGCCCGCCUCCUCCACCUCCUCAAAGGACUACUUAGGCUUCCUAUCCAUGUUCUGCGUUUCCUGGUCUUCCACUUGUCUUCCAAGGCGCCAGGUGUUCGGCUGCUCUCCGGUCCUGCAGAAGGAGAAGCCUCAAUUGAAGCUGUCUGAGGGUUGUAACGCUUUCUCGGACAUGAGCGCAGCCGUUUUCUUUGCAGAUAUCUUUACUUCUCAGUCUGCUUUUAGAAAGCAUCUAGGUGCACUAAAGACUCAGCCCCAAUGUCAUGGCAAAAUUGUGGACAGACUUUCUUUAGUAAAGGAAGAAAGAGUGGGCUCUUUGUGGAAAUACCCUAUUCAAAUAGCAAGGAAAACAAAUUUUAAAGGAUGGUCUCUUGACAAGCAACAGACACCUCUUAUUAAAGUAGAUGCUACUGUUGAACCAAAGUACUUGGUUCCCACUGAGAAUGACAACAGAAAUGAUUUUAUGUUGAAAUUUUGUUCUAAUUCAGAUUCUCAACUGUUCCAAAUUUCAAAUGAUGAGUCUUCUGAAAUAGAUGAUAAAGAAAGACUGAGACGAAUGAAGAUUUCUAAAGCAAAUAAGGGGAAUGUUCCAUGGAACAAGGGAAGAAAACACAGUGCAGAAACACUUCAACGCAUUCGAGAGAGGACCAGAAUAGCAAUGCAGGAUCCCAAGGUCAAAUUGAAGUUAGUGAAUUUGGGACAUAGUCAGAGUGAGGAGACAAGGAUUAAAAUUGGAGCUGGUGUGAGGCAAGGUUGGCGGCGGCGACGUAAGAAGUUGAUCUUGCAGGAGAGCUGCUUUGUUGAAUGGCGGAAUAUGAUUGCAGAAGCAGCUAGGAAGGGUUAUGCUGGUGAAGAUGAGCUGCAGUGGGAUUCAUACAAAAUCUUGGAUGAACAACUGAAACAGGAGUGGCUGGAGAGUGUUGAGAAGAGAAAAAUGAUGCCUAGGCCAAAAGGGAGCAAGAGAGCACCUAAAUCACCUGAGCAGCGUAGAAAGAUAUCAGACGCCAUUUCUGCAAAGUGGGCAGAUCCUGAAUAUCGUGACCGAGUAUGCACUGCACUGGCUAAGUAUCAUGCUACAGCCAUGGGAGCUGAAAGAAAACGAAGGAGAAGACCGACCGGCAAAACUCCCUUGAAAAUGGAUUCUGUGGAAAAGAAACUUACAGAGGCUAAAAGCAUUAAAAGUGAGUUAAAAAGUAUCCAGAAAACAAUAUCAAAGAGAAAGAGAACCUCGAUUCCAUACAAAGACCCAAUGGCGAGAUCCAAGUUGGAGAUGAUAAAAAGAAUUAGAGCACAAAGGGUAGCUAUAGAGGCAAAAAAGAGAAAAGCCGUGAACAGGGCAAAGUUAUUAAUUGCUGAAGCAGAGAAGGCUGCAAAGGCUCUUGAGCUGGCUGCACUAAAAAGCCCUCUCGCACAAGCUUCGCUUUUGGAAACCAGGAAGCUGAUUGCUGAGGCAACACGUUCCAUGGAAAAAAUAGAGAAUGGACAGUUGACAUCACAGGAUGUUGGAGAUGAUGCAUCUUUUAGUUCUGGUGGACCAACAGAAAAUUUGCAUAUUAAUCAAAGAACUCAAAGCCAUGAUGAGUUCUUGGAUGAGCGACUUGUGAAUGGCAUGCAUCUCCUCACUUCAGGUGACAGUAAUCACAGAGAUUUUGAUUUUAAAAAAUUCACUCUGCAGAAUGCACUGAAUGGCAGGGAGCCCUUGACGGCAGAAAAGUGCACAGAGAAUUCCUCUGAUGUAAUCUGUGGAGAUCUUUCAUCUCAGUCUAGAUAUGUGAGAAACGAAUUGGAAGUAAAUAAUUUGCAAGUGGAUCAAUUGACGGUAAAUGGAUCUGUCAGCUACGACAAAUUUACAGCUAGUAGAGAAGAAUUGAGAACUUCAGAAUUAAACGAAUGUGAGGGCUCCACAACAUUUGUGACUAAAAGUAAGAGGAAAUGGGUGUAUGGAAGGUUAAUUGAAGUAGAAGAAGAUUAAGUGAGAGGUAAACGGUAUGGUGGGAUGAAAAUAGAAGCAAGCAAAUUCUUUCUUUCUCAUGUUCAGUAGUCCACGCCCUUACCAAUGUAUGAUCAUCGUGUCAUAUAUGUUGUCAAGUUAUGACCUCGGUCCCCUGGUAUAGUGUUCUGGCCAAGACAAGAUUGCGGUGGGGUAAUUUCUUGGUUUGUGUUGCAAAGUAUGACCAGGAAAGACUCGGAUCACUGACGGGCAUAACUUACCAGAAUGAAAAUUUUACCGUAUCCUUCACCAUGUUCAAGGAUUGGGGCAGUCUAAUAUGCGUUUUUGAGAUGUAUGUCGGGGAUUCCACUAUUAAAAAUAAAAAUCAACGUGGAAGAAGGGAGAAUUCGUGUAUCAAUUAUUUUAGAACUAUCAUCAUAAUUAACUAAUGGAUUCCAUGGUAACAUGGUUCCUUGUGGUGCA